ACGUCCAAUAGCGACGCAAGCGUCCGCUUGUUAGAAGGGACUCUCAAUCGGGUUGGGGUCUCCAGUAGGUCGCGUUGGCGGUGGAGGGAGCAGUCGUGGAUUCUAGGGAGGCGUGUGGUCAUCCUAGAUAUACUGCCUCGGUGGGAUGUGACGUCCUCCCAGGCCUCCGAUGGCGGGUCUUCUGGCGGAAAGCUGUCUCCGGUCCUUGAGGCCCGUCCCCUACCCGGGGUUUUCACCGUCGCAGCACCACGUCCAGUCUUCUGCGGGUCAGAAGGAACGGGUUUCUGCUUCGCUUGCUCACUUUCAGGAUUUUUGGUUCUGAAAUUUGAGCCGGAGAGGCGCAGUUUGGUUCAGACGACACGGCGUAAGCCCGAAUUUGCUAUUUUGUGUAUUAAAUCGGGAAUCCGGCCCGACUGCUGACAGUUUGAAAGCACGCCAGCCUCCCUUGCUGGGUUCUGGUGGAAAAGCCCUGCUUGGAAACAUCGCUGGGAUUGUCAGCCCUUGGCUGCACGCCAGAAACACUUGAAGAAGUUUAGAUACUAAUGCUUGGGGCCCAGUCUGAGGAGCGAGGUUGAAAAUAUCUUUAGGUGAUUUUAAUGUGCACCAAAAGCUAAGCGCCUCUGAAUUAAAACUUCACGGGAGACUGGAGUUUACAUAAAGAAUGUGAUAAAAUUCUACUUCAGGAACAAGCCUAGACUUUCACUCAAAAACAAACAAACAACCAAAUUAAAUUGACUACCAUCGACAAGGGACAUGCCCAGGAGAAAAGGGAACAGCCAGUUUGUUGCUGCAAACCAGGCUCCAGGACAUGGUGACAUUCAAGGAUGUGACUGUGGAAUUUACCCAGUGGGAGUGGGGACAGCUGAACCCUGCUCAGAAAGACCUGUACAGGGAGGUCAUGCUGGAAAACUUCAAGAACCUGGUCUCCCUGGGGCUUCCAGUGUCCAAACCAUAUGUGAUUUGCCAGCUGGAAGAAGGGGAAGAGCCCUGUGUGUUGGAGGGAGAAAUCUCAAAAGGUGCCCACUCAGGAGAAGUAUCCUACUUAUGCGACACAGAAUUCAAGCAGACUUCAAGGGGAAAUAACUUUCAGAUUAUAUAUCCAGAGAAGAAAUCUUACAAAUGUAGUGUAUGUGGAAAGUCCUUCCAUUUUCAGUCAGAACUUAAGCACCAUCAGAGAUGUCACAGUAGAGAAAAGCCCUAUGAAUGUAGUGAAUGUGGAAGAGCCUUUGGUGAUAUUUCAUCCCUUAUUAAACAUCAGAGAACUCAUACUGGAGAAAAACCCUAUGAAUGCAGCGAAUGUGGAAGAGCCUUCAGCCAGAGUUCAUCUCUUAUUCUACAUUAUAGAUUUCAUACUGGAGAGAAACCCUACAAAUGUAACGAAUGUGGAAGAGCCUUUGGGCAUACUUCAUCCCUAAUUAAACACCAGAGAACUCAUACAGGAGAAAAGCCGUAUGAAUGCAGGGAAUGUGGAAGAGCCUUUGGUCAGAUUUCAUCCCUUAUCAAACAUCAGAGAAUUCAUACUGGAGAAAAGCCCUAUGAAUGCAGCGAAUGUGGGAGAACCUUCAGCCAGAGUUCAUCUCUUGUUCUACAUUAUAGAUUUCAUACUGGAGAGAGACCCUACAAAUGUAAUGAAUGUGGAAGAGCCUUUGGGCAUACUUCAUCCCUUAUUAAACACCAGAGAAUUCAUACUGGAGAAAAGCCCUAUGAAUGCAGGGAAUGUGGGAGAAACUUCAGCCAGAGUUCAUCUCUCAUUGUACAUUAUAGAUUUCAUACUGGAGAGAGACCCUACAAAUGUAAUAAAUGUGGGCGAGCCUUCAGCCAGAGUUCAUCUCUCACUCAACAUUAUAGAUUUCAUACAGGAGAGAAACCCUACAAAUGUAACGAAUGUGGGAGAGGCUUUGCUCAUACUGCAUCCCUUCUUAAACAUCAGAAAAGUCAUGCUGGAAAAAAUGCUCUGUGAACUCAGCAAAUGCAGGAAGGCUUUCUGCUGAAGUACAUAUAUCACUAAACCUUCAGAAUAUAUAUACCAAACAGAGCCCAUAUAAGUGUAAAGUAUUCAGGAAGCCUAGGUUGGAGGACACAUUUUGUUCAGCACUACAGAGUAUUUACUAAAGAUAUGUGCUAUCAUUGUCAAUAAAGAGGAUGAGCCAUCCCUCAUACUUCCUCCCUAUCAGACACUAGGGAUUUGUCCUUGUGAGAAACUUGGUGACUGUAAUGAAUUUGAAAAUUCUUUAGUAAGAGGACACACAUAAUUCAUAUAAGACAACUAAUACAGUAGUGGAGAACCUUUAUCAAUGUAAGGAGUAUAACAACCUUUAGCCACAUGAUGGUCCAAAAAAAAAAAUCACACUGCAGAAACUCUCUUGAUAGUGUGGCAUUAAGCUCUUAGUAACACUUCUUCUCUUACUAAGCAUCAAGAACAAAUAUCAAAAAAAACCUUUUAAAACACUAAAUGUGGGAAGACAUUGAGUCAGAGCUAUCCCUUAUUAGGCACUAGAAUUCCUCCCAUAGAAAAUUUCUGUGAAUAUGGUGAAUAUAUGAGAGUCCCCAACCAAACUUCCUCCUUUUAUAAACAUCAGCAAUCUCACUGUACUAUUUAGAAGCCUUGGCAAUGUAACGCAUGUGGGAAAGUCUUCCUGGAUGUCCCACCUACUUGCACAUCAGAGAAUUUGUACGAGUGUGACUUCUGAAAUUUAGUGAAACUGUAAAAUUCCACCUGUAUAAUUUGUAUCGCAGCAUACAAUGAGGCUUCAUCCCAAAGAGAAACCUGGGACCUUAGUGAGUGCGAGUAAAGUUUUUUUUCACACUUGAGAGUCAUGAAUCUAGAGAAGAAAAGAAACUAAGAAACCAUCUGGUCAGGUGAUUUUCUAUCAGGCAGUUGAAUUUUUAUAACUGUACUUGUUUUUUCUCCCUAUUCUGUUACUGAUGAAGUGGGGGGUGUUCUUGUAUGGGUGAAGAGCUGAGGCUGAGAAUGAUGGAGAAACACUAGUGAUCCAAGCCAACCAUAUUUCAGAGCUAAGGAAACAUCUUCAGAAAGUGCCCUUGCCUGCAGACCUAGCUGGGAUGGGGCUCUUUACUCCUGGCUCACAGCUGUAGUUGGGGGAUUAAGAGACUGAAGGCUUUCUCUGUAUAAAUACCCCAUGAACUUGUUUCUCUGUAACAAUUCUUACCUUUCCCUAAGAGGCAAUGGGUGGUAUUUUUAGGUUUGAGCAAAAAACAAUUUUUAUUAGAUCUUUAUGCUACUGGAUUUGGAUUUUUUAAAGAAAAAUGAAAAACAUUUAGAAGCAUGAAAAUAGGGGUAUUAUAAAUAAAAGCAAAACCUGAAAAAACAUUAUUAUAGAUAAUAUAGCCAGAAACCAGGGACAUGUAUAUAUGAAAUUUAUAUGAAAUGUACAGAAAAGGCAAAUCUACAGAGAUAAAAAUAUAUUAGUGCUUGCCUGGUGCUGGGAGUAGUAACUGUGGUUAACAACUGGGAGUAGCUGCAAAUGUUACAAGAAUAUUAUUGGGGUGUAGGAAUGUUCUAAAAGAGGAUUGUGGUGAUGGUUGAGAAAUUUGACAAACUUACUAAAAGUCACUCCAUUGUGCACAUAAAUGGGUGAAUUUUAUGGUAUAAAAAAUAUACAACAAAAGGUUUUUGAAAUCAAGUACAUAGACCCACUAACUAUUGCUACACCAUUUUUUUUCUCAUCUGUUACUUCUUUGUGUCCUUUUCUGUAACAGUUAUUUUCUAAGUUAGUUGCUGGGUCUUAGUUCAUAUCAUAUUAAUUCUAAAAUCUAUGUGGAAAAGCAAAGACCAGAAGCAGCCAUAUACCAUCAUUCUGGAAGAACUGGAGAUCCCAGUGCAUGCAAAAUAUGUUUUUGUUGGUUGCUCCAGUGAGCAGGGUUAUUGUCUCUGCACUGCUUAAGCCAAGGGACAGCCACUAUGAACUGUGCUGGUUGGGGAUGGUUACAGUCCAGGAGUACAGAUCAUGGACAUUGCAGCCACAUCAGCAGUGGCCACAGGGCUUCCCUGAAUUUGGAGGAGGAGAGGCAGUCUCUGCAAAAGAAAGUAUUUUUAUUCAUAUGUAUUUAUUAAAAGGAUAAAAAGAAAAUUCCCAUA